GGUCAAUGCUACGUAUCUUUUUGAAACACCUGUCUCCGCUUCAACUGUCUACCAUAUGUUGAUUGGUCGAAAGUAUAUCUAUUCUUUUUGGCGAAUGGGACACUUCCAUCUUUCGACCAAUCGUCGUCCGUUCUCGCUUCAAGUGUCCAGUCCAUAGUGGACCCAAGUCAAGUGCUCGAGGAGUGCCUCUCACUUGCGAAAAAGACGCGAAGCAGCGAAGAAGGCGAUGGACCCGCACUCUAUGGGGAUGCAGGGCGGCGGGAUGUCGAUGCCCAUGUCCAUGGGUAUGGGCGCUGCCAACCCGCAGUCCAUGGGCAUGGGUAUGAACCCUCAAGCGAUGUACAACCAGCCCCAGAUGAUGAUGAACAGCAUGCCUAUGGGCUCCAUGGGGAUGACCCAGAUGAACCCGAACGUCAUGAAUCCGCCCCAAGUGAGCGACUGGCGCAUCCAGCUGACGAGGGAACACCGUGCCAACCUCAUCGCCAAGAUCUACAACGAGAUGGUGCGCGUAUCAGCCGACCCCGUACCGGGUAUUAAGCUCUGGAUGAACGUGUCGUGGUAUGAAUUGUCGCUGUACAAGGAGUCGCCCACACAGGAGGUCUACAUUAACAAGAUAUUCACACGGCUAAAGUCACUGCGAGCACAGCAGUCGGAUAUGAACGCGGCCAUGGCGGCACAGGGACUGCCCAAUCAGGGUAUGCUGUCCAGACUCGACUUUUCUUACUAUAACACACUCAAUCUGAACCAGAGAGGCGCCAAUGGGGGACAAGUGAGUAGCUAUCCUGGACACAAUCAAGUAAGUGCACCUGGGCCCCACCCGGGAGCUCAACAACAGCAACAGCCGCAACAGCAGCAGCAACCGAAGCCGGUAUCUGCUAGUAAUACCCCAGUGAAAACGGAAACGGCGAGCUCGGGUAACUCGGUGGCCGAGUACUGGCAGCAGCAUGCGGCGCUACGGGCAAAACACCAGGGAGAUGUUGAGAAGGUGCACAACGCCUUCAAGAAGUAUGUGGAUCACAUGAAGGGACAUGAUGAGACGGAGCAGAAGAAGAAGCUGCGAUAUCUUCUGAGCUAUGUGGAGCUCUGCGCGAACAUCUUGAACGAAGACAAGACCACACACCCGCCCCGGAAGAUUGAGGAGCUGGACAAGGUCUUCAAGUACAUCGUCAAGAUCGUCAACCCAUACUUGAAAAAGCUGCGUACUGAGACCGACAAGCGCAGCUAUCCAAGCAGUGAUAUCAGUAGCAACCAGCACGCCACAACAACCGGCCCCGGUGUACCCACAUCUUCUGGAGCAACAACAAGUUCGGGCUCCAACACAAUGCCCUCGGGUGGUUUCAGCAAUGCUAUGGCGCAGGCUCAGUCUGCAGGGCAGAAUCAGCAACCAAACGCGGUGAACACGUCAGCGCAGAUGCCUCAGCAAAAGCAGCAGCAGUAUAUGAUGCAGCAGCGUGCUCAGCAAAUGCAACAGCAGCAACAAAUGCAGGCCCAAGCUCGCCAGCAGCAGAUGAUGCAGCAACAGCAAAUGAUGCGACAGCAGCAAAUGCAGCAGAAGGGUCCUCAGCAACAGUUUUCGGCUCAGCAAGCGAACCAAAUGAAGCACCAGCAACAACAGAAUAGUCAGAAUGCCGCCAACCAGCAGAGUGGCCAGCAGACGCAGCAGCAAAUGGGACAGCAGGGUCCUGCUCGGCCACAGCAGCCAAACCCGGUACAACAGAAGCCUCCGCAGUCCCAGCAAACCCAACCUCAGCAGAACCACAACCAGAACCAAAACCAGCAACCCCCAACGUCGCGAGGAGAGAGCCCGUCGAUCAGUUCCGGGCUCAGUUUGGGUCUGGAUGACUCGCUAUACGGUAGUAUGAGCAACGACUUGUUACAGAUGCCAACGCCCUCCGGAACCUCGGGCGGCCUCAUGGACUUCUCCAACGCUUUGUCGCCCACCAACUUCGGUGGAAUGGACUUGCUCGACUGGGACGACGGCACUGGCCAGGGAACAUCCGGUCAAGGCGGCAUUGGCACGUCGACAGGCGACAGCUCAGACCUCAUGACAUUCGUGGAGACGCUGUAGAUGGUAGAAUCGCUCGAUGGAGGACAACGUGUCCUCUAGUCUACUAGGUAAUUGUAAUUCUCAAUUUUCAAGGCAGGGGCUUCCCUUUUCUAUCGUAACAUUGUCAACUGUAAUAUUGUGGGGGAAGUUGAAGUCAAUCGACGACGCUGAACGCCCGC